AUGUUGCUGAGACGAGUGCUGGACAGUGGCAAGGUGCACGUCGACUGCCGUGAUGAGGACUACACCACACCGCUCAUACUGGCUGCCGCCGGUGGACAUACAGCUUGCGUCAUCGAGCUGCUGGAGCAGGGUGCCGAUCCGAAUGCCCGGCGCGUGACCGGUACGACGGCGCUGUUCUUCGCUGCACAGGGUGGCUUCGUAGAUGUUGCUAGGAUACUGCUAAAGGCGGGUGCACCGGUCGACUGUUCGUCCGUGGACGGUGGGACGCCCCUGUUCGUUGCCUGCCAGGGUGGCCACGAAGCCAUGGUGAGCGAGCUGCUAAGCCACGGUGCCAACGUGCAAGCCUGCAUGAAGGACCGUGCCACACCGCUGUUCAUAGCAGCACAGAAUGGACACAGUUUAGUGUUGAAGUUGCUGCUCGCUGCAGGUGCGAAACCGGACGCACCCAGGAAUGAUGGCGCCACACCACUGUGGAUAGCGGCACAGAUGGGCCACGAUCAUGUCGUCAAGAUAUUGCUUCAUAAUGGCGCUUUGGUAGAUGCGGUACGAUGCGAUGGAGCAACGGCACUGUUCAAGGCAGCUCACAAAGGACACAGCGCGGUCGUGCACGAACUGCUCAAAUUUCGACCAAAUCUUGGCAAACUUGCAAACGGUGAGACAGCGCUCCAUGCCGCAGUAAUGUUUGGACAUCUCCCAAUCGUAAAGCAGCUGGUGGCGGCCGGUUCGGAUUGCACCAUCCCGAACCAGGAUGGCUAUACGCCGCUGCAACUUGCGCGCCAACAAAAGUUCGCCUCCGUUCAUCAGUAUCUGAAGGAACGCGAGCAACAGCCACACAGUGGAGGAGGAACUCCGAAAAGAACGGUUCCAACGAACCAAAGCAAAACAUCUAAAGGUGCUGCAACGGCAUCAUUAGCUAUUACUGGCUAA